CGACCUCUACUCUCGCUCUUAGAAUCUUCCCAGGCCUCGAUGGCUUCCUCUGGCAAGCCCGACCGGCUGUUUGUGGGCAAUCUCGCGCCUUCUGUGGACGAAUACACUCUUGUCCAGGUAUUUAGCAAGUAUGGCAAGAUCACAAAGCUUGACCUCAUGGUGCACCACUCGGGGCCACAGAAGGGCAAGCCGCGGGGCUACGCUUUUGUCGAGUACGAGAGCAAGGACGACGCAGUCAAGGCUCUUGUGAAGCUCCACGACCGCCCACUUCGAGGCCGCAAGCUGGUAGUGACCUACGCGAACGCGGCGCCAAUAGACGACGGCGGGCAGCCUUUCAAGCGACGGACAGAGAUCAAGCCAACGUCUCUGAGCUUGCUCAAGGCGCGCAAGCCGCAGAGCACCGACGCCCAGAUUGCCGCGAUGGAGGCCAAACUUGCGGCAUUGCGCAACCGGCCAGACCGCUCGCCAACGCCAGAGCGCGUGGCCGCGGACGAGCUGGAGGCUGAGAUUCUGAGGGAGCUGGCUGAGCGUGAGGGCCCAGAGGGUAGUAGGGUAGGGACAAGGGAGGCGUCGGCCGCGCGGACCAUGCCAUCGCCGUUGAGACCAGCGGGCGCAACUGACAGGGGGGCUUCCCGUACGGCGAGUCCAAUGCCGACGUCAAUGACGAGCAUAGCUGGGCCAGCGGGCUUGCCAGCUAAACCUGUAGCGGCUAUGGAAGCGCUCAAGCCGCGCGGAGACUCUCGGACUGCCUCGCCGCGACGGCAUGACAGGUAUACUCCGAGCCAUGAUCCACGGAGCCGAGAUAGGUCACCCCGCCGCGACGAUUCGCCGCGCUAUCGAGACGAGCCCCGAAGCAGGGAGCGCUCACCCAGGCGGCAUGAGCCCCGCGGGGAAAAACCCAGCAACCGCGCCCGCUCCCCCUGCAAUGAGCCGCACUCACCCCGGAGGGACCGCCAGUCGCCGCGCCCCGUCUCGGGUCCAAGCGCAAGGAUGGCAGGGGCUCUUGCUGGUGUCGCUGGGCUUCCGAAGAAACCCACGUUCUGACAUGUACAUGUAUGCAUACUGUAUCAUUCGUCGUGUGUUGUAGCUGAUGGACACGUCGUAUGUCGGGUAUAAUCUAUGCCAUGAACUGCCGUGC